CUAUUUUUACGCGUGGACAUCGGACACCAGGCUGGGGCGGCGGCGGCGGCCGAGGCGGGGCCGGGCCGGGCCGGGUCGGGCGUCGGGGCCACACGUCCGCCCGCGGGUCGCCGGGGCAGCGCGCGCCAUGGAGCCGUGCGGCUGCUGCGAGCGGCUGGUGCUCAACGUGGCGGGGCUGCGUUUCGAGACCCGGGCGCGCACGCUGGGCCGCUUCCCCGACACGCUGCUCGGGGACCCGGUGCGCCGCAGCCGCUUCUAUGACGGCACGCGCCGCGAGUACUUCUUCGACCGGCACCGGCCCAGCUUCGACGCGGUGCUCUACUACUACCAGUCGGGCGGGCGGCUGCGGCGGCCAGCGCACGUGCCGCUCGACGUCUUCCUGGAGGAGGUGGCCUUCUACGGGCUGGGCGCUGCGGCGCUAGCGCGCCUGCGCGAGGACGAGGGCUGCCCCUUGCCAUCCGAGCGUCCCCUGCCCCGCCGCGCCUUCGCGCGCCAGCUCUGGCUGCUCUUCGAGUUCCCCGAGAGCUCGCAGGCCGCGCGCGUGCUCGCCGUCGUCUCCGUGCUCGUCAUCCUCGUCUCCAUCGUCGUCUUCUGCCUGGAGACGCUGCCGGACUUCCGCAAUGACCGUGACAGCCCGGGGCUCGCUGCUGUUGCAGCUGCUGCUGGCCCGUUCCCAGCCCGGCUGAACAGCUCCAGCCCAGUGCCUGGACCCCCACCUCGCUUGCCCUUCGAUGACCCGUUCUUUGUGGUGGAGACAUUAUGCAUCUGUUGGUUUUCCUUCGAGCUGCUGGUGCGCCUGGCCACCUGCCCAAGCAAGGCAGCCUUCUUCAAGAACGUGAUGAACCUCAUCGAUUUCGUGGCUAUUCUGCCCUACUUCGUGGCACUGGGUACCGAGCUGGCCCGGCAGCGGGGGGUGGGACAGCCAGCCAUGUCAUUGGCCAUCCUGCGCGUCAUCCGACUGGUACGUGUCUUCCGCAUCUUCAAGCUGUCCCGGCAUUCAAAGGGCCUGCAGAUCUUGGGCCAGACCUUACGGGCCUCCAUGCGCGAGCUGGGCCUCCUCAUCUUCUUCCUCUUCAUCGGCGUGGUCCUCUUCUCCAGCGCAGUCUACUUUGCUGAGGUCGACCGGGCAGACUCACAUUUCACCAGCAUCCCCGAGUCCUUCUGGUGGGCCGUGGUAACUAUGACCACAGUUGGCUAUGGAGACAUGGCGCCCGUCACUGUGGGUGGCAAGAUAGUGGGCUCUCUGUGCGCCAUCGCCGGCGUGCUGACCAUUUCCCUGCCUGUGCCGGUCAUUGUCUCCAACUUCAGCUACUUUUACCACCGGGAGACAGAUGACGAAGAGGCUGGGAUGUACAGCCAUGUGGACACGCAGCCCUGCGGCCCACUGGAGGGCAAGGUCAAUGGCGGAUUGGUGGAUGGCGAGGUGCCUGAGCUCCCACCUCCACUCUGGGCCCCCCCCGGGAAACACAUGGUCACCGAAGUGUGAGGGACAGUUGAGGUCUGCAGGACUUCAUACUUCCUCGGAGGGAGGGAGGGAGGGAGGGAUGGAGGGAGGGAAGGGCAGAAGGGAAAGUCGGGGGGAGGGCGCUGAGUUUAGGAAGGACUAAGUGAAGUCAGGAAACACAAGGUCUUGUUGGCUCUUGAGUUGUGGUUGGGUAGUUCCUGCAGGUACCUACUUCGGUGACAGUGAACGGCAGUGGGUUAUGCCCAGUUGAGGGGGAGGCUCCAUUGGUCUGUAUUGCAUUGGAUGGUGCAAAGCUUAUGGAGUCUGCUGGGGUGGCCUUGAGGUAGGUUUGCUCACACAGUUUUGUGAGUUUCUAAGUUCCGCGUUGGGUUGGGUUGGGUUGCAAGUCAAGUGAGUCUUGUCCAAUUGCCUUGUGCAGGAUUCUGUGGUUUUAGGAGUCCCCUAGGGCCAUGUCGGAUCAAAUAAGAUGGUCACGCAUGGCAUUGUUGGCACUGAUUUUGUGUUCAUGCAUGGUGUUGUGGAGUUGAGAUGUUGGAAACUGCGUGGCUUUGUGAUUCUUCUAGGGCCAUGUUAUUUUAGGUUCUGUGAACUUGUGAGUCAUGUAGAAAUACGAAGAGUCGAGUGAGAGAACGCGAGCUGUCUAGGUCACAUUAGGUUAAGCUGGGUUGGAAUGUAUAACCGUAGGAGUCUUUCAGUGUUCCGUUGUGUUGAAAUGUGCAGGGUUAUGUGGCUGGAAGCUUUUCGGGGCCAUGUUGAGUCGAGUCGUAAUGAGUUGUCUAACCAGGUGAGUCUCGUACGGCCAGUUCAGUUGGCUCAUCCCACGGUUUGAGUUUCGUGGGGCCCUACUGAGUUGAGUUACCGUUACAUCAAGGUGUGUCAUUGAGUCCUGUCACUGAGUCGGACCGUAUCUGUGAGCUCCAUAGGGCCAUGUUGGUUUGUUUUGCAUUUAGCGGUAGCACCAGUACCCAAGGAUAACAGCACUGGGGAGGAAUCAUGUAUCAAGGAGUGGAUGUGGUGUGUGGACUCUGGGAGACCCAUGGAACUGGCUUGUCCCGUGUCAUGACACUCGGGACGGGGCUAGGUUCUGUAUCCGUAGAUUCAGCUGUUGACACAGAAGGCUUCUGGGUGAACUAGGAUGACGGAGAUGCCCCUUCCAUUCACCCCUCACCUGCUUCGUUUUGACAUUCAAACCCCUUCUGUGUGGGUCUUCCCCUAGGGCUUUGCUUCCAGACACGGAGAUCAGAGCCACAAGGGAAGGGGGAGGCUGGAGGAACUGCUCUGUCCAGACAUGACAGGGGUCGGGGGGGACAGAAACCCAAAGGAGGGGGGCAGAGCGCCAGGGAGGGACCCUGAGAGACCCCGAGAAAGAAGGACAGAAACCCAAAGAGGGAGCAAAGACCUAGAGAGAGGGGAAGACAGAGACCCAGAGGGAGAGGGACAGAGACCCAGAGUUGGAAAGAGACCAGAGCACCCCGAGAAAGAGAACUAAAAAAAGAAAAAGCCAGGGAGUUCCCGUUGAGGCUUAGGAGGUUAA